CUGCAGCUGACACGCCACCACCCAUCAGGCACAAUGUCGUACGGGUCCAUCGACGGAGGCUCAUUUGGCAGUCGCAACCCAUUUGGAGGUCCUACGAGACAGGGUUACCAGCCAGUAGCCACACAGGUCAGCCCCUCAGAACUGCAAGAUGUGUUUCAGGAGACCUCCUCCAAUAUCUUCCAGAUCAACGCCAACGUUGUCACACUAGAGAAGAACCUUCAAUCACUGGGAACAUCGAGAGAUACAGCAGAGCUACGACAGAGUCUACACUCCAUGCAGCAGCAAACCAACAAAGUCAUCACCAGCACAAGCCAACUCAUCAAACAGCUCUCUGAUAUAAUCAGCGGCUCUUCACGGCAAGACCGUCUGCGCCUGACCAGACUAAAGAGUGAACUCUCCGAGUCUGUGCAGCGCUAUGGGGAUCUGCAGAAGAAAAUUGCAGAGCGCUCAAGGGCCUUGCUCCCGCCUGCACAGAAAGACAAGAGGAAGAGUCCUCAGACCCCGUCCACUGAACAGAUUGAGGAGGGUCCACUGUUUGGAGAUGCAGUAGGCUCGGAGGGAGGUGCUCAGGCUUUCCUGUCUGAGAUCAGUGAGGAGGACGUGGAGGUGCUUCGUCAAAGAGAGGAAGCCCUGCUGCAGAUUGAAAGAGACAUGCUGGACGUCAGUCAAAUCAUGAAGGAUCUGGCCAGCAUGGUCCAUGAACAAGGAGACGCCAUCGACAGCAUUGAAGAUUACAUCCAGACUGCAUCAUCCAACGUGGAAUCAGCUAAUCAGGAGCUCGCAAAGGCCAACCAAUACCAGAGGCAGCUGAGGAAGAGGAAGUGCUACCUCCUGGUGGCCGGAGCCGUCGUCCUCACCAUCCUCAUCAUCAUCAUCGCUGUUUCAGCAAGAAAAUGAGACCGGCCCCCUGUGGUAGCUGCUGUCAUUACAGUGACGCCACGGUGCCCCUGCCCAGUCUGAUCCCUGACCUGAGCAGCUGGUUUCCAGUACGAGGGAGCUGCCCUGCAACAACAUCUCUACUCCAUCAUCCCUGCCUCUGUUUACAUGUUACAUCAGUCUCGGGAUGGAGGCCUUUCUGAGCAUACUGAUUUGUCAAGAAUUAGCCCCAGUCUGAGCCUCUCAUGUAAUCAUCAUUGUGCUGCUUUUUUUUUCUUUUUUUUUGUAGUCGAUGUUUGAUGUGACUCGAGUGUUAUCAUCAAAGCUGAAUUCACAAAUGUCAAUUUAGUGAUGAAAUCAGAGGCACAAGCUUGGGUGUGUCCUGUCUUGGAUGUGAAGAGUUACUGUUGUAUGUCACACACCUUCAGCUCCUAACUGUGAUGUUUUAUGGGAGAAGCAGAUGUAGGUGGAGUUUCAGGGUAUGACGAGGCAGCUUCACUGCUCUACUGUAUGCUCCGUUUCUUUUAUGUAUUUUUACUGAAAUUAACUUAAUAUUUAUCAGCUGGUAGUGUAAUUUAAUCAGUAUUAUACUUGUAUCAUUUGUUGAUAUUGUUGGAUAUUGUUUGAGCGAAUAUAUCUUCCCAAAUAAAAAGUCUAAGUUCAAGAGCAACACAAA